AUUAUUUUCAGUGAGUUGAAUUUUGUGCAGAAAUGGAAAUAUUGUGAGGGCAAUUUCGGCAUGAAAAUGGCUGAUACUAUGCCUCUCAUCCAUUAGAUUUGAUCCAAUCGAAUAAAUUUUUUUCACUUUAAUUAACUUUUAAAUUGGAAGCUUUAAAUGAACGGCCGCUGAUAGCAUACAAAGAGAACAGAUGAGAUUGCUCAUUUCUGAAUAGACAAUAGAUUAAAAGAGAGAGAUAGAUAUAUGUUAGCUUCUCAGCUCUAACCUAUUUUAAAAGAGAAAUACUUUGUGUUUUCCUUAAUUACAUCUUUGUAAGUUACUAAUGUGUUGGUACCUAUGGUAUAAAAGUUUAUGGCUCAGAAACACACAUCUAAGUGCCACAUAAAGCUGUCAAUACAUUAGUGACAUAUAAAGAUAACAUGGUGGGGGAUUCUGUCAUUCUGUGACAUUGCUCAUCUUAAAGCAGGCGUGCUUAUAUGGGUAUGUUAACACAACCACAUUAUAUGACUCUUUGUGAGGAAUUCUUAGCAUUUUUCUUUUUAGCCUUAAAUAACAGAAUUUUGUUCACAUAUCUGAGUGUUUUUUAAGUAUUGAGCUUCCAAUUAGUAAUUUAAAUAAUUAUUUGAAAUAGCUAUGCAGUCUAAUAAUAUCACAGAAAUCAUGAAGCACAAUGCAAUGAAUCUAUGAAUUACAUCACCUUAUGCUUUCAUAGGUCUCUAUCGGUGGUGACUAGUUGCAAACAUGUCGCAUGUUCACAUGAUCUUUCACUGUCAAGAUUUUCUUUCAUACUCAUGUUUAUGCAUGAUUGUUGUCAAUAGAAAACCUGAUUAAUAAAAUACAUGCUCCAUCAUUGGGCCCCUUAAUAUUGAAUAUGCUAUUGCUUUGCUAAUGUCUUAGUGGUCAUUAGUUGCUAGACAUAAUCCUAUUGAGGAAUAUGAUAGUGAAUAUUGACAGAUGUUAAAUUGCUGUUGACAGAGUAGGCUUGUUGAAUUUGAUAAAUUCAUCAUAUAAAUGUUAAAAUUUAAUGAACUUUAUUAAUAAAAGUGUCAGCUUUAUUAAUAUCACUGUUAGGAAGUAAAUAGGCAAAAGGAUAAAAAGGAGAGGGGUGAAGGCCAAAAAAAAAAAAGAAAAGAAUAUGGACGAACGAAAAGAGGUGGAAGGGCAUUUAUUGAUGCAUGUCAUGAUGCAUGCUUGUAGACAAAGUACAUAUGCUGUACUGUGGUACAGGAGGGAAUUCAACUGUUAGAUUGUCUAAAAUGAACCUUCUGAAGGGCCAAGAACGAAGAAUUCUCCAAUAUUAGCAAGAGAUACCAAGCUGAGGUGUUUAAGUGGGGAUAUCAUAUUUUCUACACUCGAGGAGGGUAGAAAAUAUAUAUGUGUGUGUGUGUGCAUAGUUGUGUAUUUGUGGCCAAGUAUUGCAGUCCUUGAUUAAUGAAUUAAAGGCUAAGCGACCCACAGGCCAACUACUUGGGAGUGGUUGGAGCAUUAUGGCUUUGUCAAAAGGGGAGGACCAUUGGAUCCAUAUACAUAUCUCUUUGUGGGAGUUGGCAACCGUAUACGGAAGGAGUGUUUGUUGAUAGGUGCUCUAUAUCUGUUUUAUUAACUGUGAUAGAUAAGUAGAUGACUCAUUUAUUAGUUUCCUGUUGAAACCUUCUCGUUUGGCAGGGAAAAUCUUGAGGUUUUUCUAAAGCUUUUAACCUAUCUUCUUAAACCGUAAGGAUUCUAUACCGAGCAUAAGAGAAUAACACCAUAACAAGGUGACGGGUUGGAUUGGAACCUGAAACAACCAAUAUGAAGAGCCAUGCAUUGCCGACUUUAUAUUAGCAUCCGGAGCAGAGAUCAUAUCUCCCGGUUGUCUCCUAACCAAGCAGGCCUUAUUUAAUUGAGGUGCCGACAUCCUAUUGCGAAGGGAAGCCUCAAGAGAUAUUCGAGUUUUGACUAAUAAUAUUUAUUCGGAAAGUUGAAGCUACUUCUUAAGUGGCACCAUUUAGUCAGAGUACAAGCAUAACUCUCUGGGAGUCUAUAUAUAAGCGCUCACAAUGUUUGGAAACAAAAGCAGCUCUAAAGGUCCUGUGGCUGUGGAGAUGGACUUGUGCCUUCUCUUUCUUGCCUUCUCUCUCCUCCUAAGCACAGGUUCUUCUCUUAGCAAUGUUUCCAAUGGUCUCUGCUCCUCCAAACUCAUGGAAGGGCACCACCAUCUGAACAGCUCCGGCGGGCUCCACCUGACCCUCCACCACCCGCAGGGCCCCUGCUCGUCCCCUCCUCCGUCUCCCCUCCCCUUCUCCACCGUCCUCCUCCACGACGCCGCCCGCGCCCGCUCCUUCCUCCGCCCGCGCCGCUCCGCCGCCUCCGCCGCGUCGUCCCCGCUCACCCCGGGCGCCUCCCUCGGCGUGGGCAACUACGUCGCCCGCAUCGGCCUGGGCUCCCCUGCUACAUCCUACUCCAUGGUGGUGGACACGGGGUCCUCCCUCACUUGGCUCCAGUGCUCCCCCUGCGUCGUCUCCUGCCACCCGCAACUCGGCCCCGUCUUCGACCCCGCCGCCUCCGCCACCUACCGCCGGGUCCCCUGCUCCGCCUCCCAAUGCUCCGCCCUCCGCUCCGCCUGCAUCUACCAAGCCACCUACGGCGACAGCUCCUUCUCCCUCGGCCUCCUCAGCGCCGACACCCUCUCCCUCGCCCGCCGAACCUUCCCCGGCUUCGUCUACGGCUGCGGCCAGGACAACGAGGGCCUCUUUGGCCGCUCCGCCGGGCUCAUCGGCCUCGCGCGCAACAACCUCUCCAUGCUCUACCAGGUCGCGCCGAAGCUGGGCUCUCUCUCCUUCUCCUACUGCCUCCCCACGCCCAAGUCCACGGGCUUCCUAUCCCUCGGCCCCUACGCCGACGUCGCCGCCUCGCGCGUCUCCUACACCCCGAUGGCGCCGAGCGACCUCGACCCCACGCUCUACUUCGUGCGCCUGGCGCGCGUCGCGGUGGCGGGGACGCCGCUCGACCUCGCGCCGGAGGAGUACGCGGCGCUCCCCACGAUCCUGGACACCGGCACGGUGAUCACGCGGCUGCCGAGGGGCGCCUACGCCGCGCUGAGCAAGGCGGUGGCGGCCGCCCUGAAGGGCCGCGCGCGCCCGGCGCCGGCGUACGCGAUACUCGACACGUGCUUCAGGGGGCGGGCGGGGGCGCUGGGGGUGCCGGAGGUCGAGCUGGCCUUCGAGGGCGGGGCGACGAUGAGGCUGCCGGCGGAGAACGUGAUGGUGGACGUCGACAGCCGGACGACCUGCCUGGCCUUCGCGCCGGCCAGCAGGGUGGCGAUCAUCGGGAAUCGCCUGCAGCAGACCUUCCGCCUGGUCUUCGACGUCGCCAGGUCGAGGAUCGGCUUCGCCGCCGCCGGGUGUGGGUGAGACUCGCUGUGCUACUCCGCAAUCAUGCAUCACACGCAUCAUGCGUCAUGCAUGGGAGGUAUAUAUAUAUAUAUAUAUAUAUAAAAGGUGAAUUUAGUUUAACGAACAUUAUUAUAUAUUAUUGUC